AUGCGCGUCGGAUACCUUGCCCUUGCCGCGGCCGCUGCUGUCGUCGCCCACCCAGACCACACCAGACACAACUGUUGCGUGCAAUACGACGAGGGCGGACCGUGGUUCUACGACCAAGACCUCACCGUCAACACCUGCAAAGCCUACUUUGGCAACCGAUGCCUGCAGAAGCCUGGAAUCAGCAUCGACGGAAGCGAGUUCGACUCGUAUUGCCAGAUUGAGGCGUAUGAUCACAUGGGCUACACCGUGGCUUUUGUUGGUGCGGGAUACAGGGGUAGCUGCUGA